AUGGUGUCAACACAGUGGAGUUGGGAUAGCGCUCGACUAAUUGCUUUAGUUCUAAAUGCCUUAUAUGGGCUGGAAAAAUACUACAAUGAUUACUACAAGAACCUCGAUGUUGAUGGUUUAUUUGGUUUACGAAUUAUUGAAGGUCAUCUAAAAAGUAUACAGGAAAAUGUAGGUGAUGAUAUCGAUUCAGAAAUCACAAAUGAAAUAGGUAAUCUAAGCUUAAUGGCUGGCGUGAUUGCAAAUAAAGCUUUACCGUAUGUUGCCAAUCGAGAUAAGGAAUAUUUUAAUCAGUAUCAGUUUCUUCUCUAUCAUCCAUAUAGAAUGAAUUUUACACCGCAGCGUACCGAUGAAAGGUUGAGAUGGAAAGAAAAACAACUAAAAGUUAGCAAGAGUGAUAGAGAUUCUCCUCCUCCUAUUUUGCUUGCAGAAAAACAAAGCAACAGAUGUUUCACUGAAUUACUUUUGGCGAGUUCUAAUUCAAUGACGAAGACUUACAGUUGCCAUUUAAGUAAUGACUGUAUGAAGCGAAUGGUUGACCGACGGGGUUUUACGAGAUAUCAGUUGACACAUCAAAUAUUAUAUAUUGCUAUCGCUCUUCAGACUCCUUGCAAUUUUAUGCUCUCUAACUUUGUCGUUUUGACAAAGAAUCAAACAAUUACAUCUGUUCUCACAGAGUAUUGCACAAAUAUGAUUGAUGAAUUGAACAUUUUGUUACGAAAUCCAAGGAUUGCGGCUAAGCUUAAUUACGAUGAGCGAGAUUUGCUGAUGGAACAAAUUUUCACAUGUGGUCAGUUUGGUUUCGUUGAGCUUUCAUCGCUUCAUUUUUUUGCAUCUAUAUUAAGUUGGCAGAAUCCUACGUCGGGUUGUUUCAUGAAUGACAAAGGAGAUGGCAUGAUCGGUGAUGUGACUACUUCGUAUGGUAUGCGUUCAUUAUAUCCUGAUUUAUGCUCAGCACAUUCUGCAACAGUUGCCGCUGGUGCUCUUUUAGUUUUUCUUCGGUUUUUAUUGGACCGUGGACCGUGGCCUGAAUAUUAUUUAGCGGAUCAGCCGGUGGUUGUAUAUAGUAUUGCAGCGGAGGAAAAAUUUCGGCAAUUCAGUUACGGUCGUUGGGUACGUGAUUCGUUCAUUUCGUCAAUGCGUCAUGCGCGACCUCCUGAAAUUGGUUGGUCACUGGAUUUGCUUGCUUAUUUCUUGCUUGUCUGCAUCAUGUUGGGUGGCUUUAUU